GGUUUGUUGGGAUUUUUGGUGCAGAUACAGCUCGCUGCUGAUGCUCCACAUCGACAUCUCUCUCUCUCUCCAUCUCCCUCUCCACCCUCAUCUCCUUCUCGCUUUCCCCGUCUCUCUCUCUCUCCCUCCCGUCUGCGGACGUCUCCAUGUGUUUAUUAUGAAGUGACAUCACUCGGGUCCACGCCAAGCCGAGCCGAGUGUGGAGUUGCUCGGCUGGGAGACGCGGCGCAAAGCUUCAGUAAUAUGGCGUCCAUAGGAGACUUCGAUCCACUCCACGCCAACAUCCCGGCUACUAAAGUGGAGAUCUCCGUCUCCUGCAGGAAACUUUUGGACCGAGAUACAUUUUCUAAGUCAGACCCACUUUGUGUUUUGUACCUGCAAGGUGUUGGGAACAAAGAAUGGAGAGAGUACGGAAGAACAGAAGCUAUUGACAAUACUUUGAAUCCAGACUUUGUGAGAAAAUUUCUUCUUGAUUACUUCUUUGAAGAGCGUCAGAAUCUUCGAUUUGAUUUAUAUGACGUUGAUUCGAAGAGUUCAAAUUUAUCUGAGCAUGACUUUCUGGGUCAAGUGUUUAGCACUUUAGGAGAGAUUGUGGGUUCUCAGGGAAGCAGGCUGGAAAAACCACUUGUAGGAAUUCCUGGCAAGAAAUGUGGGGCAAUUAUUCUAACAGCCGAGGAAUUGAACAAUUGCCAUGAAAUUGUGAUGAUGCAGUUCUGUGCCAACAAAUUAGAUAAAAAAGAUUUCUUUGGAAAAUCAGACCCAUUCCUUGUAUUUUUUAGAAGCAAUGAGGAUGGAACGUUUACCAUUUGUCACAAGACAGAAUUUGUAAAGAACACUUUGAAUCCAGUGUGGCAAGCCUUCACUAUCCCUGUACGUGCUCUUUGCAAUGGUGACUUUGACAGAACUAUCAAAGUGGAAGUGUACGACUGGGAACGAGAUGGAAGCCAUGACUUUAUAGGGGAAUUCACCACAAAUUACAGAGAGCUUUCCAGGGGACAGUCACAAUUCAAUGUGUACGAGGUGUUAAAUCCAAAGAAGAAAGCUAAAAAGAAAAAAUACAUUAAUUCUGGUACAGUUACAUUGCUCUCCUUUGUAGUUGAAACAGAGAGCACUUUCCUUGACUACAUCAGAGGAGGGACACAAAUCAACUUUACAGUGGCCAUAGAUUUUACUGCAUCCAAUGGCCAUCCUGCUCAACCAACCUCUCUACAUUACAUGAAUCCUUAUCAACUUAAUACUUAUGCCAUGGCUUUGAAAGCUGUAGGCGAAAUUAUUCAGGACUAUGACAGUGACAAGAUGUUCCCAGCAUUAGGAUUUGGUGCCAAAUUGCCUCCAGAUGGAAGAAUUUCACACGAAUUUGCUUUGAAUGGAAACCCUCAUAACCCAUAUUGCCAAGGAAUUGAAGGUGUCAUGGAAGCUUACUACCAGAGCCUAAAGUCUGUGCAACUAUACGGACCAACCAACUUUGCUCCAGUAAUUAAUCACGUAGCAAGGUAUGCUGCCUCUGUUAAGGAUGGUUCACAAUAUUUUAUCCUCCUUAUUAUCACCGAUGGAGUCAUCUCAGAUAUGGCACAGACAAAAGAAUCCAUCGUCAAUGCAGCUUGUUUGCCGAUGUCGAUAAUUAUUGUUGGCGUUGGGCCUGCAGAAUUUAAUGCAAUGGAAGAAUUAGAUGGAGAUGAGAUCCGGAUAUCAUCAAGAGGAAGAUAUGCCGAGAGAGAUAUUGUUCAGUUUGUGCCUUUUCGGGACUAUGUUGACAGGACUGGAAACCACGUACUGAGUAUGGCUCGACUUGCAAAGGAUGUUUUAGCUGAAAUUCCAGAACAGUUUCUUUCAUACAUGAAAGCAAGAGGAAUUAAGCCUUCCCCUGCUCCUCCUCCAUAUACUCCCCCAGGUUAUCCUUUGCAGACACAGCUUUAACAGAGUAAUUCCAUCCCACUUAAUAUUGCUGACCUGAACGGAUUCCACUUAAUGUGCCAGCUGAAUUUUUAUCGGGAUUUUAUCGGGAUGCACUACAAAGACUUAUGGAUGUUGUCAGCAUUCUACAACAUUUUUUACUGGGUUUUCAUUUGCAUGGUGCCAAGAACAUGUGGUAAAUCACACAGAGAGGCUGCAUGAAAACAAAAGAACUGAGCUUUGUGGUUGGGAGUUGUGGUACAGCCCAAUCCUUAUCCUCUCACCUGAAUUAGCCCCUUUGGAAUUGAAACCUUUUUUUUAAUAAAGAUAUGAUCACGGGGAAUGCCAAAAUUUACAACCUAAUCGGAAUUUAAGUAUUUAACUGUUGUAAAUAACUGAGAAUAUGCAGUUCUUUUUUUAACGUUUACAUGUAGAUUCUUUUUUAUAAUUAAAUCCUUUUUAUAACCAUAUCCUUCAUGUAAACACAGUUUUAAAUAUUGAAAUUGUUGUGUUCUGUUAGUCAACACUUCCAUUUGUUGCUGACUAAUUCAUAUGGAGAUGCCUGCUCUAGCACAUCUGUGAUUUUCAAACACCAGGGCACACAAUCUGUCCAGUAGCAAGUAUAACUCUUCAACAAUGACUGCUUUCUACGAAAAACAACCUAGCGCUUCCAAUUGUAAUGCAUAAUCACUGGGUGAUCUUUUCCACCUGCUCACCAUUCACACUUACUAUCCAUUUCUAAUUGUGCAAUUACUUCAAAACUUUGCGGAAGGAACAAGGCAAAGGAGAAAACUGAGUGGAAAAUACAAAAAAAUGGAGAUCGAAGAGCUGCAAAGAUGUGGUUGGAAAAUAGCAAAAAUAUUGACAAUGUAAGCUUUGCAGUCUGACCCGUAGCCUCUUGUGGAGCCGGAAACUACUAAUAGUUUGAUUAGCUGAGGCAUGCUGCACUACAUUUAUACGAACUGCGUGCAAAUCUGUACCUGAAUGUGCCAGAAAACUGCGCAAUUUUGUUUCUACAUGUGGUCUUGUACUUCUGAUUUUUGUGUUUUAAAAUGUGAAAUAAUUUUUUAAGUAUUUGUUUAGUUCUUUCAACAUAUGCUCUAACAUUCACCGUUAGUUUUUGAAGAGAAAUACACUUUUUUUUAAAAAGGUUGUGUGCUUGGUAAAAAAUUGCCUUAAAUUCUCAUAACCAACAUGUCUUUUGAUGAUUGAAACAUGGUUUCAAAACUUUUUUUGCUAGCACUGUAGUAGCUUUUUAAUUUUUCCAUUGGUGUCAAAAGUUAAUGCUGUUUAUUUACUAUUUUGUAUUGAUAUCAACAUUUUGCACAUAUUUUAAAUAACAAAUGAAAUUUCCAUUGUGGUUUUCUGAGGGAUGCUUGAAUAAAGGGUAAAUAUUAUUCUGCAAUUGUAAAUUUCUGGAUUAUUAACAGGAAACACCUACCUUUCUUAAUAUGUUGUGAAAAUUUAAGAAUAUAAUAUUUAAAUGUUUAAUACCAAAAGUAAAUACAUUUGAAAAAUAAUUAUUAGGAAUAGGAAAAAAACAAAAAAGUGCUCUCAAAACAAGGAAGCAUUUUUUUGGAUUUUUUAAAUACAGUAUCCUGUCACUAAAUUAUAUUUGUGCAAUGUGGGGUGGGCCAAAUUCCUUAUAUAUAACAUUAAGACAAAUCAUUU